AUGGAGAACAAAAAGCCCAAGUUAAAAGUACUGAAAAAGCGUCGCUCCAGUCUUUUUGUGACCAUAAAACGGGAGAUGAGUUUAACACAAAGCCUCGAAGAUCAAGAAUGUGAAUUCCCCUUUUCACAGGACAGCUCUGUGAAAGCAUGGACAUCUAUGGACAACCUUGACGCAUCUGAUCCGAAAAACAGUGCAAGAAGAAAACAGGAAAAAUCCGUAACAAACCCAAGGAAAUCAAACAUUGUCAACCUCAACAUAGGUGGAAAGGUGUUUCAUAUCCCGAAGCACUUGGUCCUCAAACACCCAAAAACCAGGAUUGGAGUCCUUGCCCUCUGUAAAGAUCCGGUCAAGCGUCUGACGCUCUGCGACGAUUACAAUGUUCAGAACGACGAGUUCUUUUUUGACAGGGACCCCAUGUUUUUCCACUACAUCUUCCACUUUUAUUGCAGUAAUGUCCUGUGGGUGAUGGAUAGUCUCUGCCCUAUCAACUUUGAGGAGGAGAUGUCAUUCUGGGGGUUGAAACUGAAGGACACUCCAAGGUGCUGCCGAAUUCUGUUUGAGGAGAAAGUGGACGACAUCAGAGACCAACUGAAGGUGAACCAGGAGUUGAUCGAUGAGAUCAAGCCUCACCAGGACGGCGAAGGAUACAAGGCCAUGUUUCUUGGAGGCUUACGGGAGAUCCUCUGGGAUUUGAUGGAGAAUCCUUACUCCUCACUGUCAGCCAAAGGCUUUGCUGUGUUUUCCAGUCUCUUUGUGCUCAUCUCUAUUGUUGCCAUGACAAUGAAUACAGUAAAAGAACUCAGGCAGUACAAACUUGCUGGCAAAACCUACAUGGAGUGGAUAGAGAUAUCUUCCAUCCUUUUCUUCACCUUGGAGUAUUUUUUGCGGUUACUCACAACAUCCAACAUCAAACAUUUUGUGAAAAGUGCCCUCAACUUUGUUGACGUGGUGGCUGUGAUGCCCUACUUCCUCCAGAUCAUUUUUGAGACAUUUGUUAUGGAUUCAGAAGACGUCGGUGCAAAGGAAGAUUUGAAGGCUAUGGCAAGGGUCAGCAAAGUCAGCAAGGUGCUCAAAGUCGUAAAGUUGAUGCGCAUCUUCCGUAUCUUGAAGCUGGCCCGUCACUCCACAGGCAUGAGGGCGUUUGGUUUUACCAUCCGACAGUGCUCUGAGCAGGUUUGCUGUUUGUUCCUGUUCAUUGCCAUGGGCAUCUUCACCUUCUCUGCUCUGAUGCACUCUGUGGAGAUGGAUCAGCCUGGGACCCCAUUCAGCAGCAUACCAGAUGCCUGGUGGUGGGCUGCGGUGAGCAUCUCCACCGUUGGCUAUGGAGACGUCGUCCCUAUCUCCUAUCUCGGCCGCUGUGUGGCGUUUGGCUGCAUCUCUUUCGGCAUCAUCCUCAAUGGAAUGCCCAUCUCCAUCCUGUUCAACAAGUUUUCUGACUAUUAUGCAAAACUGAAGGAACAGGAAUACACAUUUUCAAACACAGAGCGCACCUUCCAGCUCAAGAAACGUCUGAGGCGCAAGUUUGACAACUGCUUCGAACCCCAGCCAGAGGAGUCUGAUGACGAGAUGCACUAUCGGCCCAGCGGCAGGCAAACUAUCCACGAGAGCGAAGAUUUAGCUGCCCACUAG